AUGCCUACUGGUGAGGAAAGGCGGCAGGCCGUGGACCGGGUUCUGGCUGAAAACCCGUAUGAGGACAACCCUCAGCUCUGGAUCUUCAUGAUCUGGGUUUGUAUGAUCUUCCGAAGAAAUGGACGCCCCGACUUUUUACUGGUAGAAGAGUUGACUGGGUACCCAGCCGAGUUCCUUCGGGAUGGAUUCCGCCGACUGUCCACUCAUUGCGAUGCUAUUCUCGCCUUGACUAGAUGGGUCCUGGAAAAUGAGGAGAACUGGUACGAGCAGGAGUAA